GGCACUGGCAGUUCUGGGUCCGGGCUCAGCAUGCGGUGCACCAGCCUACCUACCCUAGUGACCUUUUGCGCCGGGCUUUGGAUCUCGGACCUGGUGCUGACGCAGGGCCUGGAGGCCGGUGUGCAGCCGGGGGCUGACUGUGAAGUAUGCAAAGAAUUCUUAAACCGAUUCUACAACUCCUUGCUAACCAGAGGAAUAGACUUCUCUGUGGAAAAUGUAGAGAAAGAGUUGAUCAACUUUUGCGUGGAUGCCAAAGGAAAAGAAAACCGCCUGUGCUAUUAUCUGGGAGCCACCAAAGACGCAGCCACCAAGAUCCUAGGCGAAGUUACUCGUCCUAUGAGCGUGCACAUGCCCAUAGUGAAGAUCUGUGAGAGGCUGAAGAAGAUGGACAGCCAGAUUUGUGAGCUAAAGUAUGAGAAGAAAUUGGACUUGGCGUCAGUGGACCUGUGGAAGAUGAGAGUCGCAGAACUUAAGCAGAUCCUGCACAGCUGGGGGGAAGAGUGCAAGGCCUGUGCAGAAAAAAACGACUAUGUCAACCUCAUCAAAGAACUGGCCCCCAAAUAUUCAGAGAUACACCCCCAAACGGAGCUCUGACCUCAGCUAUCGGUGUGCAUGGACUGUAGUUAGAGCAAAACAACUGUCUAAGACAUGGAUGUUUUGGUUAAGACUAACCAGGGACCGCCCUGUUGGUAUACUCACUGUUGUACUGCUUAGGCUUGUGAUUAACUGAUGCUUCCUGCUGGUCACGCAUGUUUGCAGUCCUGAGACCUCAAAGUGCCUUUCUCCUCCUCCUUUGGAAGGUGCAGUGGAUCCCUUUGCACUGCUGUGACAAUAAUGCCUGGCAGAAGUGAGACAGGGGAGGGAUAUUUACUUUGGCUCAUGGUUCCAGCCCAUCAUGUUGGGGUAGGGAAUGGCAGAGCAGCUCAGAGCAUGGAGACAAGAGCUGAGCAGAGGCGGUUGUCAUUGUGGGGGACUGAG